AUGUCUGAUAAUUAUUGGACGGUAAGCUAUGGAGUAGCUUGUCGUACUGGAUUCAGUUGUCGUGAAUGCAAGAAAGUGAUUAACAAAAAUGAGCCUAUUGCUGUGCGGGAUGGACGUAAGAUGCGUUUCUUUUAUCAUCGUCAGUGCUUUAGUGGUAGUGGUGAUCCUAGAACACAGAGUGGAAGCACUUUUAACCAAGGUAGGCUACCUUCUAAUUCCUUUCAAGGUAAAGCACCAGAGCGAAAGGGUCAAGGGAAAUGGUCUGUUUCAUCUUAUGGCUAUAACCCCAGUGGAACCACAGUUGUCGAGACUGUCAAGGCUAGCAAGGCUCCUACUAAGACUCAUGGUACAACUAACGCUCAAGUAAAGCGAGAAGUUUCGAAAAAUAACUUUUCUAGCACAAAAUCGGGCCAAAAGUCAUUCCAAACGAAGAGUGACAGGAUAAUAAAGUCAGAAACAAGCAAAAAUACAAGAAAUAAUUUCACUACGAUGAGAUGA